CACCAAAAAAAUUCCCCAAACAUUUUCCACGGGUGCCCAGUCCAACACCGUGCUUGACUCCAUGCUAGUCCUCCUCUGCUCCGCAGGACCAGCCUCUCCCAUUCGCCCUUCCUCCACCCUUUGGCCGUCGCCGCGGUGACAGAUCCACAAGGCCUGCCGCCGAGACGCCUGCUCCGUCUCCCUCGAGCCUCUCGAGCAGAGCUCCGGCGGUACGGUGGUGCCGAGCUCCAGGGGGCAAAUCCUUGGCGGCAUGUACAACCAGAUCCGGCUGCGCUCCAGUCAGCUUAGCUAAUCUGUCGUCCAGAUCGGCUUUGGGAGCGUGGAACUGUCAAAUUUGGCUCCAACUCUCGUGAUAAAUUUUAAUUUCCCAGAUACAAAUUGCAAAACAAGAACAAGAAAGAAGCUUGCAAACUGCAGACGGUCAGCGUGUCGGCCGGCCAUGGAGUUUGCCACGGGGGCGUUGGGCACCCUACUCCCCAAGCUGGGGGAGCUGCUUCUUGAUGAGUACAACCUGCAGAAGGGAUUGAAGAAACGGAUCAAGGACCUGAUGGAUGAGCUGCUGGUCAUACAAGCUGCACUACUGAAGGUGUCCGAUGUGCCACUAGACCAGCUUGAUCCGCUGGUCAAAAUUUGGGCAAACGAUGUCAGGGAGUUGUCCUUUGCUAUCGAGGACAGCCUCGACUCCUUCAUGGUGCGUGUCGAGGGUCUUGAGCCGACAAAGCCACACACCUUCUUCGGGUUCAUCAAGAAGGCCUGCAAGAAGGUCACCAAGCUCAAGAUUCGUCGCGAAAUAGCCAAUGACAUCAAAGACGUCAAGAUCCAAGUUAAAGAGGUGAAGGAGCGGUUCGACAGAUACAAAGAUGUUAUCAGUGAUGCUAGUGUUGCAACAAAGGUUGAUCCCCGCCUCUUAACUCUGUACAACAAAGUAUCUAACCUUGUCGGCAUCGACGAGGCUGUCGAUGAGCUAACAAAGAGGUUGUACAAGAGCGAUGAUGUGGCCCAGCAAAACCUCAAGACUAUUUCUGUCGUUGGAUUUGGAGGACUGGGCAAGACAACUCUUGUUAAGGCAACAUAUGACAAUCUUAAGAAGGAAUUUGAUUGUGGGGGUUUUGUUAUAGUGGGUCGGAAUCCUGACAUGAAGAAAGUCCUUAGGGACAUCCUCCAUGAACUUGACAAGCAAAAGAACAUCACUGAAUCAAAGAUGGAUGAAAGACAACUCAUCGACCAGCUGCAAGAAUUCCUCGCAAACAAGAGGUACCUAAUUGUUAUUGAUGACAUUUGGGAUGUAUCAACAUGGGAAAUAAUUAAAUGUGCUCUGGUGGAUAGUAACUCCGGAAGUAGAGUAAUCACAACUACUCGUAUUCAUGAAGUUGCCAAAAAAGUUGGUGGUGUUUACAACAUAAAACCACUUUCUGAUGAUAACUCCAAAAAGCUAUUCCAUAGCAGAAUAUUUGGUGAUGAAGGCACAAGUCUUGAUGAUCACUCAGAUGAAAUUUCCGAUAAUUUCUUCAGAAAAUGUGGUGGUGUGCCAUUGGCCAUCAUUACGUUAGCUAGCUUGCUUGUUAGUAAGCCAAGGGAUGUCUGGUGUAAGGUGUUUGACUCAAUUGGUUUUGGUCAGGAAGACAAUGAAGCUAUUCAGAACACAAGACAAAUAUUGUCUUUUAGCUAUUAUGAUCUACCUUACCAUCUGAAGACUUGUUUGUUGCACUUAAGUGGAUAUCCAGAAGAUUUUUUUAUUCACAAAAAUAGGGUGAUAUGGAAGUGGGUAGCGGAAGGCUUUAUACCUAUGGAUCAAAAGAUCAGUGCAUUUGAGCUGGGACAGAGUUACUAUAAUGAUCUUAUAAAUAGGAGUAUGAUCCAGUCAGUAGAACCGGACAUUAUGGCCACGAUAGAUGGCUGUCGUGUUCAUGACAUUGUGCUUGAUCUCAUCCGCACCUUGUCAAGCGAAUUAAACUUUGUUACAACACAAGAUAAUGUGCAACUCAACCGAUGUUCGACCAGCACGAGUAGCAGUGCUCGUAGGUUAGCCAUCCAUAGUGGAUCCGUUGAGCAUAUGGAUAUGGGGCAUGUGAGGUCAUUUAAUGCUAUCAGUUUUGUUGAUCCUGUUCUGCCUCCACUUAUGAGUUUUAAAGUAUUACGGGUACUGGUGCUAGAGAAUUGUGAUUUUUCUGUAGGAGGUUGUCACCUUGAACAGCUGGGGAAGUUGGUUCAGCUGAGGUACCUAGGGCUGAUGGGAACACCUGUUACCGAGCUCCCACGUGACUUAGGGUAUCAACUCAAGUUCUUGCAGACACUGAAUAUGGAGGACACUGGCAUAAAAGAAUUACCGUCCUCUGUUGAUGAGCUAAGCAAGCUGAUGUGUCUGUGUGCUUCUAAAGGCACAAUUAUGAUGGGCAGGAUAGGGAAACUUACGUCCCUAGAAGAGCUGACGCUAUUCCAUGCGGACAAAUCUCUAGACUUCACAACCGGGCUGGGAGAGCUGACGCAAUUGAGGGUGCUCGGAAUCCGUUUCGACGAGAUGGAAGAGAGCACGUACAUGGCUCUGGUCAAGUCUAUCUACAACCUGCAGCGACUCCAGAGUCUCGAGAUAAGCAAUGAUGGAGUGGAUUUUGAAGUUUAUGGCUGGGAAGAGUGGGCUCCCCCUUCAGAGCUCCGUCUGUUCGCACUGCGUGGCAUGGAAAUACCCAGGCGUCCAUCUUGGAUGAAUUCCUCUUGUGUUCGGCACCUCUCCUACCUAUGGAUUGAAGUGCAAGAGUUGGAAGCACUGGACCUGCAAAUCAUAGGAAGGAUGUCUUCACUCCGCUUCCUCUAUCUAUCAAAUUCAGUGGUAGACUGGCUAUCAUAUACUGUUAGUAGCCAUGAGUUCCAGAACCUGACAUAUCUCAGGACAGACCUAGAGAUUGUGUGUGGAGAGGGAGCAUUGCCAAUGGUUGAGGACUUGAGAUGCUUUACUAGAGCGGGAAAUGACGUUGGCUUGGCUGGAAAUAUGCCUUUUCUCAAGGAAGCCUGCUACGACCUUAACUGUUGUGAUAGCAGUGGUAAGGAGGUGGAUGGAGCAGAGGCAGCGCUGAGGCAAGCCGCAGAAACCCAUCCCAACCGUCCCAAACUGAAGAUAUGCAGAUUCCUUGAAGAGUAUAUGUGUGAUGAUUCAGACGACGAGAAUGACAGCGGAUCCGAGGGAGUAUCCUCUGCAGAUGAAAAGUCUGACGAGGAUGAAGAUGGCGAAUCCAAGCAGGAACUUUCGGGUACCGACCAAGAGUUGAAUGAUGAUGUGGUGGACCAGAUAUCUCAUGCCACCAUAGAGGAGGAUCCGAUGGCGAUGGCGAGUCAACCCUGAACCUUUUUCCCUUCCUUCAAUCAUGCUUGCCACCAAGUUUAACUGUUGGUUGUACCUUUGUUGCUUUCUACAGUCUCGUUGCCAGUUGAAAGGAAGAAUUGGUGGGCUUACUUGUCCAUCAAGGCAAAAAAAAGUUUGUUUGCUUUCAUCAUUGGGGAAGAAUUUUUUUAAAGGUUUUUUUCUUGUAGCAUCAGCGGUUUUGUUCGUUAUGUAAACGAACGAGUCACUUAAAAAAACCAAGAAGACCGAGAAAGGAAAAAAAUGAAAAAAGAAGUGUUGGUACAUUGUAUUACCAUUUUCUUAGUCCUUUGAAAAAUAAAAAAUAAAAAAAAUGUGUGUUUUAACUUUAUUUAUUUCUGGUUUUGGUGGUUGAGGAUGGGGCUGGUGGUGUUAGUUUUUUUUUUUCAGGUGUGUUUGUGUGGUUUGGGGGUGGAACUCCGCCUAUGUCAUUUUAAGGUAACACUUAAAAUUGUAUAGCCGGUCCCAAGCCCGGAAAAAGGAGGAGGGAGCAACCCUGUUUGAAUAGAGGGGAAAGUGACGUGUUGAGUUGGUCAUUUAUGUUAGAAAUGCAGGAACAUUCUAUUCACAGAGAAGGAAAAGUCCGAAAUUCAAGCCAAAGAGGAUUUUCGCUUGGCUUGGAGCAUUCGUGUACAAGGUGGCGGUGAAGUGACUAUUUACAGGAGCUAGGAACAGAAAUAAUGGCGGUAGCUUGUUGUUUGGCAGUGCUGCCCAUGUGACCCCAAAGCAUUUCCAAAGAAGACACAGGAGAAACUGUAGCUUCAGCACCAACACCUACAGGCAGCUCUUGCUGCUGCAGUAUUGCCACAGCAUCCAACUUGUUUCCACAAUUCUUGAGAUCCCAAUGAGCGAAUUAAAGCUUCAGCGCCAACACCAACAGGCAGCAGGUGUCGUCCAGUAUCGGCGCCACGACCAACUUGUUUGUGCUUGCUUUGAGACCACAAUGAAUAAAUUAAAGUUUUGGAUGUAGCAUAUCCUGUAAUGUGUUUGUUAUUGUAAAAUUGCAGGUGUUUCACAUGUUCAUCUACUUGUUCUACUAUGUACAAUCUCCCAUCAUAUAACAUCAUUUUGUCCGUCUAUUUACGAGAGUCGGCUUUGAAACUCAAGCUGUAAUUUCACUUGCUCCUCGCAAGCAGGUUUUAUACUAAUGAGUUUAUUAGCCACUCAUUCUUUUA